AUGGAAGAACCGUUUGUUCAGGUGCAACCAUUCGAAUCAUCCAUGGACGAUAAAAGUAUAGACAAAGAUGACGGCCGCGCGGCACUUGUCGUUCCUCAUCCACUUCCUUUCCCUCUUCCUGCACGUGUUUACGUGACCCCCGAUCGAUCGGAUCUCACCACUCUUGCGACGAAUAUCCCAAACGCGAAGCUAGGCGAUCGGUGCAACGAGGAGGAAAAUUGCAGUUCCAGCAUUGUCGGUAGUCACUGCCGUUUCGGUUACUGUCGGUGCACACCGUAUUUCGCUCGAUACAACGAAACGCAUUGUCUCGAGGCGACACUUUUGGGCCAGGAAUGUUUGGUGGAGGAGCAAUGUUCUUUGAAGGUGGCCAACAGCGGUUGCUUCGACGGACUUUGUAGUUGCAAAGAAGGAUUCUUGCAGUUUCGUCGGCACACCUGUCUGGGUCCGGCAAAACUCGGCGAGGUCUGUUACGAGCACGCCCACUGCAGACUCUGGCAAGAGAAUUCUCAUUGCGACUUUUUCAUUCCUGACUUGUUUGGCCGAUGUCAGUGUACCGCGCCGAUGCGACGGGAAAACGAUAUUUGUCGAGUGGACGAUCUCGUCAGAUCAACUUCCUAUGCGGCCGGUUCGACGAAAGCGGACACGGGGACCGAGGACGAUCUAGAUUCGGUGUUCGAAGAUCGACCGGAGGAAAUAGACCGAAUUCCAAUUACUUGGCCAAAGACCGAUGUAACUAGAAUCCCGGUGAAACUGUUGUGGGAAACGGAGAGCACGGAUGACUCGAGGGUUAAUCCGACAGAGCCGAACGUCACCGAGGACGACGACACGAUCGUCGUCGAAGCGGUAACGGAAUCAUCGACAAUGCCGAUCUCAGGUUGGUCAUUGGGACCCGAGAAAGCGGAUCGACACGAGGUGACCGCAACGACACCUGUCAGCCUUGGUCACGACUGUGUCUCCGAUCUGGAGUGUCGUCUGGCCGAUCCGUAUUCGAGGUGCAUCGAAGGGAUCUGCGAGUGUGGGUUCCAAGGGAACACGAGCUGCUCCGCGAGAAACAGAGGAUGUACAGCCGGUACUUUUCAGUGCAAAAGCUCCGGAGUUUGCGUCAGCUGGUUCUUCGUCUGCGAUGGGAGGCCGGAUUGCGCGGACGGAUCGGACGAGCAGUGUUCCGAUCUAGAGUAUCGAUGCCCGUCCGGAUCGUUUCGUUGCGAGAAAAGCAAAUUGUGCGUGUCGAGAGCGGCUCUCUGCGACGGCGCUCGCGAUUGUCCGCACGGCGAGGACGAGAUUGGCUGCAACAACAGACGAAAAUGUCCGGACGGAGCAUUCCGAUGCAACAAUGGUCAAUGCUUGCCGGCGUAUGAAUUUUGCAACGCCGUGGUGUCCUGUCGAGACGGUAGCGACGAACCAAGGGAAGCGUGUCGAACACCAAACCGUGGACGAAUCUCCUCGAGGCAGUGCCCAUUCAGGUGCGACAACGGGAGAUGCCGAUCUGACGCGAUCGUUUGUAGCGGUCGCGACGGUUGCGGAGACGGCUCGGAUGAGAGACGUUGCUCCGUUUGCAGAUGUUCGACAUUUCCUUAAUUUACUCGCGAACCCUUGGAUGCAUCGAAAUGGCCGUGG